GUUGAAUUUGCUUCCGUCGUAAGUAACAGGUUUGCCAGGCACGCAAGCGUAUCUCUAGCUAGAGUAUAGAUGACCUGUACGCCUCCAUUCUACGUUGUAGCGGUCCACGGAGGUGCCGGAGUGCAUUCUCCGGAUUCUGAGGCACAAGUAAAGAGAGCCAUGAAGAUAGCGUGCAGAAAAUCACUCCUGCUCCUGCAAGACAGACGAUCAUCUGUUGACGCCGUACAAGAAGCAGAUGAUUCUGAAUCUACGACAGGCUUUGGGUCAAAUCUCACUCUGACCGGCACCGUCGAAUGUGACGCCUCGAUUAUGUGCGGUGCAACAGGUGCUUUCGGCGGCGUCGGCGCAGUAUCUGGCAUAAGACACCCCGUGAAGCUCGCGCGAUCCAUCCUCGAGUACUCUCGCAGGUCAGAUCCGCUCGGACGCAUCGCACCCCUGUUCGUGCCCACCACACUGCGCGCAGUACAGACAACUGAACAUCGUGUGCCCAACAGAAUGCUCGUAGCCGAUGGUGCGCUCCAGUUCGCGCGACCACAAGGAAUAGCUACCGUUCCUCCGGACAAUCUAGUGGCACCACGAGCCAGGGAAGAAUGGGAGCGAUGGAAGGCUGUACUCGACUCCGCCUCUUCCGCAGGGUCUACCGGUGGAUAUCCAGCUACUUUGGGUCCUCCGGAACGGCAAGAUGGUGCUUCAUCGCCUGCGGGGACUGGUGACACAAGCCUACAUCAUGUACAAGACACUGUUGGGGCUGUCGCUUGUGAUGGAGUGGGAAGCUUUGCGGCUGGCGUAUCCAGCGGCGGCCUUCUACUCAAGCACCCCGGCCGUAUCGGUGAGGCAGCGAUGUAUGGUGCUGGUUGCUGGUCCGCGACCCCAAGCCAUGGGGAUGUCGGCGGAGCAGCUUGCAGCGUGUCUGGUGCUGGUGAGCACAUAAUCAGGGCUGCAUUAGCCCGAUCCAUAGUAGAGGCUCUAGAACUGCCCGAUAUUGAUACGCAUGAAACAAUCCAGCGCAUGCUGCUGGACGGACUCCGUGGUGAGUCCAUAUAUGUCUCCUUCUCCUCGGUCCAUUAUGGAUGAUCAGCGACAUAACGAGAAGCGGCCCGCCACGGUCAGGAGGAUGGCCUACCGCAGGCUGGCGUACUACUCUUGAUCAGGGAGCGAGUCAGUGAAGCCCUGUUUGGCUGGUCUGACUUCUCAAAUGGAGCCCGAUUGUGGUGUGCAUUCACCACGGAGAGCAUGGCGAUUGCCUAUGCAUCUUCAAUGGAU